AUGUCCGAUCCGAAAAAAAUGAAAUCCCAAGAGAAGGUUCUCAUUUUGGGCAGUGGAGGCAGGGAACAUGUCCUUGCUUGGAAAAUUGCUCAGUCCAGUCACGUCCAAGAUGUGUUUGUUGCCCCAGGCAAUGCAGGAACACACGGCAGUGAUAAAAUGACGAAUGUAGAUAUCAAGAUAAAAGAUUUUGAUGAGGUAUGUUCUUGGUGCAAGAAGAUGCAAAUCAGUUUGGUCAUUGUUGGACCAGAGGAUCCUUUAGCUAAUGGCAUUUCUGACCACUUGGCAAAGGAAGGCAUCCCAUGUUUUGGCCCCUCAGCAAAAGCAGCUCAAAUUGAAGCCAGCAAAGAUUUUGCCAAAAAUUUCAUGGUUCGCCACAAUAUUCCUACUGCUCGCUUCAAGUCGUUUAGCAAUGUAGAAGAAGCUUGUGAACACAUCCGCACAGCUCCUUACAAGGCUCUCGUGGUAAAAGCCAGUGGGUUAGCCGCAGGUAAAGGUGUUAUUGUUGCCGACUCUGUUGAAGAAGCUUGUGCUGCAGCAAAAGAGAUUUUAGGGACCAAGAUAUUUGGCAAUGCUGGUGACAUUCUUGUGGUAGAAGAACUGCUGGAAGGUGAAGAAGUCUCUUGUUUGGCGUUUUCUGAUGGAACCACUGUAGCUAUGAUGCCUCCUGCACAGGAUCAUAAACGCCUUAAUGAUGGUGACAAGGGCCCAAAUACUGGAGGAAUGGGAGCUUAUUGUCCAUACCCAAAGAUUUCUGAGGAGAAACUUGUUGCUAUUAAACAGGAUGUUCUUCAAAAAGCUGUUGAUGGAAUGAAAUCAGAAGGCAUGCCAUAUGUGGGUGUAUUAUAUGCUGGUCUAAUGAUCACUGAUGAUGGACCACAUGUUUUAGAAUUCAACUGCCGUUUUGGGGACCCGGAAACACAAUCAAUCCUCCCACUACUAAAAUCUGAUCUUUUUGUUGUCGGAAAAGCUUGUGUGGAAGGAACCCUGCAUGAUAAUAUGCCAGAAUUUGAUCAAGAGAGUAAGGUUUUAGGUGUGGUGGUUGUAAGUGGUGGUUAUCCUGGUUCCUACAAGAAAGGGAUUCCUAUUACUGGCUUAAAAGAGGCUCAUGAUGCUGGCUUAACUGUCUUCCAUGCUGGGACUGCUAUGAAAGACAACCAGUUGGUAUCUUCUGGUGGCCGUGUCUUGGCAGUGGUGGCAAAAGAGAAAGAUUUCCAAACUGCUUACGACAAAGCUCAACAAGGUGCUGCUCUUAUCCAAUUUACAGAUGCUUUCUACAGGAAAGACAUUGGCUACAAAGUUCUGACCAGUUCAAUUGGAACUGGUUUGUCCUACAAAGAAGCAGGGGUAGAUAUUGCUGCAGGAAAUUCCUUGGUUGAAUUAAUCAAACCUCUAGCCAAAUCAACUAGACGACCUGGCUGUGAUGCUGCUCUUGGUUCAUUUGGUGCAAUUUUCAAUCUUCAACAGGCCAGCUAUUCCAGUAAUUCAUUGCUUGUUUCUGCUACAGAUGGAGUAGGCACCAAAUUAAAGAUAGCUCAGGCUGUUGGUUUCCAUAAGUCUAUUGGCAUCGACCUUGUUGCCAUGGUUGUGAAUGACAUUCUUGCCCAUGGAGCUGAGCCGCUCUUUUUCCUUGACUAUUUUGCAUGUGGCUAUUUGGAUGUUGCACAAGCAAGGGAUGUAAUCGAAGGUAUAGCUCAAGGUUGUAAACAAGCUGGCUGUGCCCUUGUUGGUGGUGAAACUGCUGAAAUGGCUGGCAUGUACACAUCAGGAGAAUAUGACGUUGCUGGAUUUGCUGUUGGGGCUGUAGAAAAACUUCUGAUCAGACUGGAGAUGUGGAUUCUACCAAACCAUUUGGCUGUGGAAAUUGAUGCAAGUUCCUGGAGCAUCCCUCCUAUUUUUGGCUGGCUUCAGCAAAAUGGUAAAGUGUCUGCAGCUGAAAUGGUCAAGACCUACAAUUGUGGUUUAGGUGGAAUUCUUAUCGUCAGUCAGCAAAAUGUUGUGCCUGUUGCCCAGGCUUUGAGCAAAGCAGAUGAAAAUGGGUGCAUUGUUGGAACCGUGGUAAACAAGGGAGAUUUUGAAAGGGUUUCAAUUCAGAAUUUGGAGACUUCAUUACAACAUUGUUAUAAAUUUGAAAACUGUGAGAAAAAGAAAAAUGUCGCUGUUUUGAUAUCUGGUUCAGGUACCAACUUACAAGCACUUAUUGACCACACCCAGUGUCCAGGUAAUAAAAGCUCAGCCCAGAUUGUCCUAGUCAUUUCCAACAAGGCCAACGUGAAGGGUUUGGAACGAGCUCAUAAAGCAGGUAUUCCCUCUUUGGUAAUCAACCAUAAGCUUUACAAGAGCCGUGAAGAAUUUGAUGAUGCUGUCCAUGAAGAAUUGGUGCAUGCCAAUGUUGACUUGGUCUGUCUUGCAGGUUUCAUGAGAAUUCUUUCAGGAAGUUUUGUAAGGAAGUGGACUGGUCGCAUUCUGAAUGUUCACCCAUCCUUAUUGCCUUCAUUUAAAGGUGCAAAUGCUCACAAAUUGGUGUUAGAAUCUGGGGUGCGCAUUUCUGGCUGCACAGUGCAUUUUGUUGCGGAAGAAAUAGACUCUGGUGCCAUUCUGGUUCAAAAAUCUGUUCCUGUUUUCACGUCUGAUACAGAAGCAAGUUUGUCCGAGAGAGUGAAAAGACUUGAACACAUUGCCUACCCGUCUGCUCUGGAAAUGGUAGCCAGUGAUAAAGCAGUCCUACAAGAAAAUGGUAAAGUUCUGUGGAAGGAAUGA